CUCCAAUGACAACUACGCACGAUUUUUGAGCUCAUUGCCAAAGAAAUCUAAUUUGCAAGACUGAAGCUUCAACACUGAUCUAGACGGGCGAACAAACCACCUCCAAGAGCCAAGAAAGUCAGAGAAGCGACAGACUCCCCGCGCUGUAAUCGGACUUGCGACCACCACGACCGCCACCUAGGAGUGCAGCGUACGACUCGACGCCACUGAUAUAUACACAGCUUCGGAUAAAGAUAUAUGGGACUAGGAACAAACCGAUAAUAUGUCCACCUCACCACCAACAGACGCAGACGCAGACCAAGCUCAGCCGAACACCAUGCAAAUGCAAGCAACAGAGCAGCAACUUAAAGCCCGCGCUGAAGGCGUCUCAAUUGAGGAUUACCUCCUCCCGCGUUCCAUUACCCUGCGACUAGCAAAAUCCGUCCUGCCACCGAAUACAUCCGUGCAGAAAGAUGCCGUACUGGCCAUUCAGAAGGCUGCGACGGUGUUUGUUUCUUAUCUGUCUUCUCACGCCAACGAAGCAACACUAAAACGAACAGUCUCGCCCGCGGACGUCCUCAACGCACUCUCAGAGCUUGAAUUCGAGGGGUUCAGACCGCGACUAGAGAAGGAGUUGGAUAAGUUUACAGACCUUAAGGCUGCAAAGAGGAAGCCGAGGAAGAGUGGUGAUGGAGAUACAAAGGCCAAUGUUGAUGCUGGUGCCGAGAGUAAGAAUGGGGUGCAGGCGGCAAAGGAUGGUACUGGUGAUGCGGAGAUGAAGGAGGUCGUUGUCCGAGGGUCAAAGGCGAAGAGGGUGAAGAGGGACGGUGAUGAGGAGAUUGAGAAGGAAGACCAGGAUCAUGACCAGGAUCCGGAUGAUGAAGGGGAGGAUGGUGGGGAUGCGGAUGAGGUGGAGGAGGAGCAUGAAGAGGAUGCCGAUGCUACGGAGGAAGAGGAUGAGGAAGACGAAGAGGAGAGAGGUGAAGACGAGGACCUUGAUCGGGUGGAAGACCUAGACCGUGGUGCUCAGGCACGGCGCUUGGUGGAUCCUGAUGCGGCUGGUGAUAGUGAUAGUGACGAAGAGGGGCCAGGAAGUCAAUUACGGGGGGAUCUAGGGCUGGGGUAAUUGAAAUAAGCUCAAAAUGUUGAGCGGAAAUGCCAUCCAUGUUGAAAAAUGGCUUGAUGUGAUUGAUGUACAUAC